AUGAAAAGGCCGCACGAGGAGCGAGAUGCCGAACAAGGGGAUGAUAAUGCACUACAGAUGUACGGCGAAACGAGUAGUCUGGGCAAAAACGACAUUUUGCAGCAAGAGCAUACGGAUCCGGUGCUAAAUGCAAAGAUGCAUCUUGUUAAUAAUGCUAUUGAUGAGAUUGGAUUUACAACAUAUCAAUGGAAGUUAUUCGUACUCAACGGCUUCGGUUACGCAGUCGACUCCCUAAUCCUCCUCAUCCAAUCCAUCAUCGCGGGCCAAGCCGCCCUGGAAUUCUCCCCGUCUUACGCCAACGGCCUGACCAUUGCCGCCUACGUCGGUAUGCUCGUUGGCGCGCUGUUCUGGGGACUCACGGCCGACAUCAUGGGGCGCAAGAUUGCGUUCAAUGUUAGUUUGCUGAUUUGCUCGGUUUUCGCCAUUGUAGCCGGGGCGAGUCCGAAUUGGGAGGUUCUGGGCUUGUUUGUGUGUCUGAGUGCGUUUGGGGCCGGGGGAAACCUGGUGCUGGAUACGGCGGUUUUCUUGGAGUAUUUGCCGAGUAAGAGGCAGUGGAUGCUUACGCUUAUGGCGGGUUGGUGGGGUAUCGGACAACUCAUUGCGGGAUUCCUGGCCUGGGGCUUUAUUCCGAAUUUCAGCUGUACGGACCCGGAAAUCGAUCCGUCGGCUGCGCCGUGUACAAAGGCGAAUAACCAGGGUUGGCGCUACGUGUGGUAUACGUCUGGUGCGCUCGUUCUGGUCAUGUCUAUUCUGCGCAUCACGGUCAUCAGACUGCAGGAAACACCAAAGUUUCUCGUCAGCGAAGGCAAAGAUGCGGAGUGUGUGGAGAUUCUACAGCAUAUUGCCGAGAAAUAUAAUCGGCCUUGUAGUCUCACACUGCAGAUGAUGCAAGACUGCGGCACCACUGAGCGCGCGGCUGCACGACAGGGAAAGAGCAAAUGGGGAUUUGGAGAAGUUGCCAUGCAUCUCCGCGGUCUGUACGCGACCAAGAGAAUUGGCAUUUCCACCUCGCUCAUCUGGCUCUCCUGGACACUGAUUGGCCUUGCAUAUCCGCUGUACAACGUCUUUCUACCCGCAUACCUGGCCUCGCGCGGCGCCGCAUUUGGACAGCCCAGCCCAUACAUCACGUGGCGCAACUACACGCUGGUCAACUUUAGCGGUAUCUGGGGUCCUGUGCUGGCGGGCUGGAUGUGCGAGACGCGGCUGGGCAGGAAGUACACCAUGGUUGUUGGUGCGCUUGUGACCAUGGCCUUUUUCUUUGCCUACACGCAGGUGCGCACGGCGACGCAGAAUGUUGCAUUUACGUGUAUUAUCAAUUUCUGCCUCAACGUCUAUUAUGGCACCCUUUACGCAUAUACACCGGAGGUUUUGCCGUCACAUGACCGCGGGACGGGAAAUGGUAUUGCGAUUGGAUGCAAUCGUGUCAUGGGCAUUUUGAGUGCGGUUAUCGCUACUGUUGCUGAUACUGGAACUGCAGUGCCGAUAUACAUCUGCGCGGCUUUAUACAUUGUCAUGGCGGGUAUUGCGGCGGUAUUUCCCUUUGAGCCAUAUGGCAAGAGGAGUUCUUAA